GUGACAAAUACCUAGCAAAGUUAAAAGCGAGCUUAGAUAAUAUAAAUUUACGUAUUAAAAUCAGUCUUAAUUAAUAUAAUUAAUAUUUAUUAGUUAUCACUUGAAACGGUUAAAAGCGUUUCAAGCCAGCCUUAAUUCUACCGACUCCUUGCUGUUUCUUUCAAACAUCUAAGAAAAUGGAGUCACCUAAGCCGACCGUAAUAAAAAUCAAGGUGACCGGGGAAACUGAAGAACACAGCUUUAAAUGGGACGUACAGAAAAAAUCCGUGUUUAUCAUUCGGUCCGAUUUUAGAGGACCAAUCUUAUCGUUCACAUCCGGCGAAAGUUUCGACAAGGUGUCGGAAUUUAGAACUCGUCGAAACUGAUAUCAUUAGACCCCCUUUCUCGAGUUACAUAAUUUAUGAACGGCCAGUCACUGACGUCAAGUACUUCGUCCAGCAUUUUGAACUUCAAAAUUUAAAAAAUUCCCCACAUCCAUUUAACUUCGACCCCCAAAAAGUGCAUCUUUUACAGCUAUGACUCUAAAACGGCAAAGUUUAAGGACGAUGAUUCCAUCUACUCGAUGGAUUUUAUUGCUCGUCACUUUUCCCGGGACACUUUAGAAUUAAACGGGACCUUUGUAAACUGUCGGUCACGUCCUGUAUGUGGAUUUCCUGCUUCCUGGGACAGUCGCCGUAAGUGCAGCGUCCAGCAUAAGGCUGUCAUGUUGACCAUGCUCGAAAAUGGGGAAGGAGCCGACGUAAUGUUCCGGACGAAUGAUGGCGAGGAAGUUUUUGCUCAUCGCGCAAUUCUGUCGGCGCACAGUCCCGUCUUCAAAACCAUGUUUGCCGCCGAGAUGAAGGAGAAGGAUGGCGUCGUGGAGCUGGACGACAUGGCGGCUCCAGAAUUGCAAACUUUUUUGAAAUUUAUGUACACAGGAGAAGUUAGUGACGCAGAUUGGCAAGAAUAUUAUGCCGAGAUCGUCAUGGCGGCGGAUAAGUACCAAAUCGCACAUUUUAAAGAUUUCUGCGCCACGAUGCUUCCUGACCUAUGUAGCUGGGAUAAUGCAGUCGAACUUCUUCAACUUGUCAAGCUACAUUCUUUGGACGGGGUUAAAGAAAAGAUUCAACAGUUCAUGAACAAAGACCCCAAAAAAAUGUUUGAACUUUUGAAUUCCAUGGCUGAAGAAUCGACCUCGUAACAUAAUCGCCAUAGUGCAGAAAAAUUGUAUUUAUUGCGUAAUUAAUUUGAAGAUGUAUGCAAUAAUUUUUCUAUGAAAGAGUUAUAACCAAUUUAAUUCUAGAGAUUCGUAAUUAAUUAAUUGUGAUUAACAGGUUAAGGAUUUUGAUUUUUAAUUCCUCACUGUUAAUCCCAGAAAAAUCUAAUAAUCGCGUCUCUAUGUAUGAGUAAUUCUUGCAGUAUUUAAAGUGAUGCUUAUUUCUUUCGCGACAUGGCUUUUGUAUUUAAUGUGCUAUUAAUUUAAAAUCAUUGAUAUGCUAUAAUUAAUCGUGCAAGAUAUUUACAUAUGUAUGUAUAUGCAGAAAUAUCUGUAAAUAUGUAUUUAUUUGAAUCCCAGCCUUAAAUAUUAUUCGAGUGUUUCUAAUUUAUCUGGGUUCAACUGUUCUGAAAUGUAUUCCGGGUAGGAUUUUUUUGGAUAAUAAUAAAUCUACUGCGUAAUAUUUGUAAACGUUGGACAUGUGUCCCCCUAACUUCCGCUUGCCACUGGACAAGUGGAAUGAUAGAAAUUCUGAAAAUCAUUUGCUAAUAACGAAAUUAUGUAAAUACUUACAUAGGUACACAAUUAGAUAUAUGCAUGGUCAUAUUGCUACAUAUUUAGUACCCGUCCAGUUUUAUGAUUUUAGGUAAAAUCACACAUGGAAAAAGGUGGAGCAGCAUAAGAGUGACUCACAUUUGUUACCAUUUCCCGUGAC